CCUCCCCAAAACCAAACCCACACCCCCCUUCCCCAGAGGGCUUCGCUGACCCUCCAGGUUGCAGGGGAGUUGGGUCUCCAGGUUGAGAGUUGGACCAAAUGAUGACCGCCAAGACCGUAGACAAAAUCCCAGUAACUCUCAGUGGUUUUGUGCACCAGCUCUCUGACAGCAUCUAUCCCGUGGAGGACCUCGCCGCUACCUCGGUGACCAUCUUCCCCAAUGCCGAUCUAGGACCCUUUGACCAGAUGAACGGGGUGACCGGAGAUGGCAUGAUCAACAUUGACAUGACCGGAGAGAAGAGGGCCCUGGACCUGCCUUACCCCGGCGGCUUCGCCCCCGUGUCGGCGCCCCGCAACCAGACCUUCACCUACAUGGGCAAGUUCUCCAUCGACCCCCAGUACCCCGGUGCCAGCUGCUACCCGGAGGGCAUCAUCAACAUCGUGAGCGCCGGCAUCCUGCAGGGGGUGGCCCCGCCGGCCUCGGCGGCCCCGUCCGGCGGCUCCUCGGGCUCCCCGGGCGGGCUGGCCGCCGGGCCCCUGGGGGUGUGCGCCAUGGCCCAGAGCCAGGCCGAGCUGGACCACCUGUACUCGCCGCCCCCUCCUCCUCCUCCUCCUCCCCCUCCUCCUCCUCCUCCUCCGCCCCCGUACUCGGGCUGCGCGGGCGAUCUGUACCAGGACCCCUCGGCCUACCUGUCGGCCGCCGGCUCGUCGGCGGCCUCCUCGUCGCUCGCCUACCCGCCGCCGCCGUCCUACCCGUCUCAGAAGGCGGCGGCGGCGGCGGCGGCGGCGGAGCAGGGUCUGUUCCCCCUGCUGCCCGACUACCCGGGCUUCUUCCCCGCCCAGUGCCAGCGGGACCUGCACGGGCCCGCCGACCGCAAGCCCUUCCCCUGCCCGCUGGACUCGCUGCGGGUGCCGCCCCCGCUCACCCCGCUCUCCACCAUCCGCAACUUCAACCUCAGCGGGCCGGGCGCGGGGCCGGGCACCGGCGACGGGGGGGCCCGCCUGCCCGGCGGCGGCGGCGGUGGUGGUGGGGGCGUUGGCGGCGGUGGCUGCUCCUCCUCCUCCGCCUCUUCGGCCUACAACCCGCACCACCUGCCCCUGCGGCCCAUCCUGCGGCCCCGCAAAUACCCCAACCGGCCCAGCAAGACGCCGGUGCACGAGCGGCCCUACCCGUGCCCGGCCGAGGGCUGCGACCGCCGCUUCAGCCGCUCGGACGAGCUGACCCGCCACAUCCGCAUCCACACGGGCCACAAGCCCUUCCAGUGCCGCAUCUGCAUGCGCAACUUCAGCCGCAGCGACCACUUGACCACCCACAUCCGCACGCACACGGGCGAGAAGCCCUUCGCCUGCGACUACUGCGGGAGGAAGUUUGCGCGCAGCGACGAGAGGAAGCGGCACACCAAGAUCCACCUGCGCCAGAAGGAGAGGAAGAACGGCGGUGGCUGCGGUGGCAGCGCCCCUGCCCCGUCCUCGGCCUCCGUGGCACCCGCGUCCAACGCCGGCCGGUCCUGCGAGAGGCCCUCGGCCGGGCUGCAGCCCGGCCCGGGCCCCCUGGGCGGCGGGACGGGAGCAGGGGGCGGAGGAGGAGGAGGAGGCCUCCCACCCAUCGGGACCGGCCCGCUCCCCCCUUGCCCCUCUCGGACCCGGACGCCCUGA